UAUAUUGCAACAAGUUUACACUCUUUUAAGCUCUGCUCUGUAUUAUCCAUUUCUCAAUCACAGCCUAGUACACGCAAGCAACGAAAAUGGCAGCCAUGGCUGCACUUCAGAGCUCCAUGACCUCUCUUUCUCUCUCCUCUAACUCCUUUCUGGGCCAACGACUCUUACCCCCUACUCUUUACCCUGUCCCGGCUAAUUUAACAGCGAAGCCUUGCCUCAUUGUAGUGAAGCUCAAGCGAUGGGAGCGGAAGGAAUGCAAGCCAAACAGCCUUCCUGUUUUACACAAAAUGCAUGUUAAGGUUGGAGAUACGGUGAAAGUCAUAUCUGGGCAUGAAAAGGGUAAAACUGGAGAGAUAACAAAGAUCUAUAAGCACAAUAGCACUGUGAUAGUUAAAGACAUUAACUUGAAGACGAAGCAUAUGAAGAGCAGGGAAGAGGGUGAACCAGGACAGAUUAUUAAGGUAGAAGGAGCUAUCCACAGCUCGAAUGUGAUGCUUUACUCAAAAGAAAAGGAUGUAGCAAGUCGAGUGGGUCAUAAGAUUCUGGAAAAUGGACAACGAGUUCGCUACCUCAUCAAAACUGGUGAAAUAGUAGAUAAUGCAGAGAACUGGAAGAAACUGAAAGAAGAAAAAAGGAAAACUGAAGUAGCUGCCACUUCUGCAUAAGGAGCCAAUUCUUGCCUGAACAAUGUUGUAGUUUAGACACUCUAGAUGUAUUCAUAUCAUUUUGUUGUUUGUAUUGGUUCAAUACCUCGGCAUGCCCCUUGACUGAUGCACAUGCAACAGAGUAAUAUAAGUUUGUGUAUUUGUGUUGGUUGAAUGGCAAAUUAGAAUGUUGAUCUUUC